AUGACCGACGUCAUCAAACCAUCUGGCGACAUUGGGUCUGCUUCUUCUGUCCAGCAAGCCAUUCCUGACCAAGUCAAGGACUUCAUCCGUACUUUCUACAAGCACUUCCUCGAGAACAAUGUCUACGAGUUGCACGGAUGCUACGAAAACACCUUCAACAAAUUAACCGACAAAUACUACACCAAAUCUGCAUGGCCCGACCCACUCACUGAGGUGGCUCCAUUGGUCGACAAUGAUCAGAUCUUUUUGGUGUUGUAUUCCGAAGUGUACUACCGUCACAUCUACGCCAAAUUGGGCCCUACUUUGGAACACCGUACCAACUCUUACAACAACUAUUGUAACUUAUUCAACUUGAUCUUGAACCAUGAAGGUGGGCCAGUGACUUUUGAAUUGCCAGCCAAGUGGCUUUGGGAUAUUGUCGACGAGUUUAUUUACCAAUUCAACCAAUUUUCAGUGUUCCGUUCCAAAUUGAUCAACAAGAAGAACUUAUCCGAACAAGAUAGCGCAGAACUCAGUUUCCUCCAACAACACGUGGAAAUCUGGAGCUCUUACUCGGUGUUGAACGCUUUGUACUCGUUGAUUGGCCGCUCUAAGAUCUACGAACAAUUGACCGCCCAAAGAAACAACUUGCCACCAUCAAAAAUUUCAGAAAUUGCUGGUCCAUACGGAUCAUUGACCCUUUACAAAAACUUGGGGUACUUCUCGAUAAUCGGGUUAUUGAGAAUCCAUACCUUGUUGGGGGACUUUACCUUGGCCCUUAAAACCAUGGAAGAAAUCGAACUAAGUAAGAAAUCCAAUUUCUUGACCAGAGUUCCUGGCGCCCAUUUCACCACCUACUACUACGCAGGGUUCUGUUACUUGAUGAUGCAUCGUUACGCCGACGCUAUCAAGACUUUCUCCCAUAUCUUGCUCUACAUCACCAGAAUCAAGAACAUCAGCAAGUCUGGUCAGUAUGACGCGAUCACCAAGAAAUCCGAACAAAUGUACGCGUUACUCACCAUCUUGAUUGGAUUGUGCCCAACCAGAAUCGAUGAUGUGUUACACAACAACCUCAAGGAAAAAUUCUCCGAACAAUUGUCCAAGAUUGUCAAAGGUGGUGAAGCCUCAUUGAAAACCAUUGAGGAAUUGUUUGCCUUUGGGUCACCAAAAUUCAUCUCGAUUUCUUUGCCAAGCUUCGACUCACCAGAAUUGAACAUUGACGCCAUCCAUUUGCACUCAUCAGUCUUCAUGGUCACCGUUAAAAACACAGUGUACAACAACUUGUUGAAGACUUACUUGAACUUGUACAGUAGUAUGGAAUUGCAAAAACUCCUCAAUUUCCUUGAAAGUGACGACACCAAGAUCAACAACCUUGAUGAAUUGAAGGAAGUGUUGUUGGCUUUCAAAUUGACCAACACCCAAAUCAAAUGGACCGAAACUGCCGCUGUCAAGACCGCCACCAACGGUGAGGAUGAAGAACAACUUCCUGGGGCUACCAGCGGGUUGCUCAAUGGUGAAUCAUCUAACGUUUACGACUUUGACAUCACCAUCAACGACAACUUGAUCCAAAUCAUCGAAAUGAAGGUUGCCAGAAAGUUCAGUGACUGGUUCAUCAGAAACACUUCUAAGAACUACUUUGUCCAGGAUGCCAUCAGAAAUGACAGAAUCGAGGAAACUGGUAAAGAAAAGAAGGAUAAGAAGACCAAGAAGAGCAAGAAAUGA